CCUUUCACUUAUUACACACUGAGUCUGUCAAGUCAGUCAGUUUGUCACUCAUUCAACUAUAAAGUAUUGCGAGUGAGUGGUUGGUUGGUUGUGUGCGUGCGUGCGUGCGUGCAUGUUUUGCUUAGUGUCUUUCCACCUAAUCAGUUCAAUAACUUUCUCCUCCUCAUCGGGUCGCUUUUGAAUGAUGUCAAUACUAUUGGCCUAAUCCCCGACUUGACGUCCAAUGUCCUGAUUUCAUUCAUCGGUGGUAACUCAUUCCCCUGAAUGAUCUGCUUGGGCUAUUAUAUCUAGCGUUCGAUCAGUCCAUCAAUCGUCAUGUCCUUGGAUCAUCACCUUCUGAGUCCCAACCAUUCCAACGUACUCAACCUGUCCCCGGAACUGUCGGACGAUGAAGAUUUCGAUCCUGGCUCGCCCGAGAUCCAAGGGACGCUCUCCAAAUGGACCAACUACAUUCACGGGUGGCAGAACCGCUUCUUCGUGCUCAAGGACGGCAAUUACGUGUACUACCGCUCGGAGCACGAGACGGACUUCGGAUGCCGUGGCGCCAUCAGCGUGCAAAAGGCCAAGGUCAAGAUGCACGCACUCGACGAGAAACGCUUUGAUGUGUCUGUCAAUGAUUGCGUGUGGUAUUUGCGGGCCGAGAGUCUCGAGGACCGACAGAGGUGGGUGGACGCCUUGGAUUAUUCCAAAACCAACCCGCAGUGGAUAUUGCCACAACAAACACAACAACACCUUCACCACCACCACCACCAUCCGCAUGAGAACAACUUGAGGCGGCAUGGCAGUGGUCUGUCAUUGACCUCGAGUAUUCGAAGCAAUCCCAAAGGCCGAGGCUUGCCGGAGAAAUUGGCCGAGCUCGAGACCUACCGGGACAUUCUGUGUCGACAAGUGGACACGUUGCAAGCAUAUUUUGACAGUGUCGGGGAGCAAACCUGGGUCAAAGAGCCCGGGGAUGCACUGGGCAAUGGGAAUGGGGGGCCCGUGGACUUCAAAGGCGAGGCCAUCACUUUCAAGGCCACCACGGCUGGCAUUCUCGCCACGCUCUCGAAUUGCAUUGAGAUCAUGAACACGCGGGAAGAAGCGUGGAAAAAGAAACUGGACAAGGAGCAUUUCGCACGCAAAAUCGCCGAGGACAAGUAUAAGAAAUCGAUCGAGUUCUCGGAUCCGAAUUCCGAAGAUCAAGCGGUCCUUACGCAAAGCCCCUUGAACAAGGGUCCGGACUUUGAAGAGGGCCCCCAUAGCCAGAUUGGCGAGGAUGAGUUCUACGAUGCCGUGGAAAAUGCCUUGGACAAACUCGAGGAGGAGCAGCAAUACCGAGAUCAACUGAAGAUGGUCUCCGUGGACAACAAGGAGGAAGUGGACGACGUGGAGGAUGCCACCAAAAGCCAUUCGCUCUGGCCUACCAUUGAUGAGGUCACGAAAGAGCAAUUGUAUUACGCGCGGUUAUUGCCCGGCAAUGACGGCGUUUGGGAGCUCUUUGCCCAAGAAGGCGAGAUGCGCAUGUACAAGCGGGAGGAGGAAGUGGAAGGACGGGUGGUGGAUCCACUCAAGGCCCUCCACCAAGUGAAAGGUGUGACGGCUCGCGAGUUGUGCCACUAUUUCUUCUCGCCGGAUGUGCGCAUGGAAUGGGAAACCACUUUGGAGCACGCAUCCGUCAUCGAAAAAGUGUCCAACGAUACCCUGCUUUUCCUGCAAUUACACAAGCGCAUCUGGCCCACUGCCCAACGCGACGCCUGCUUCUGGUCGCAUCUGCGGAAGAUCCCGUCCACCGAUGCCCACAUCCACGAUACCUACUUGGUGUGCAACAAGUCGGUCGAUCAUCCGACGGCGCCCGAAAACCAGAAUGGUGUGUUGCGCGUGGAUCUCACCGUGAUAUUUGUCUGUGAUACCAUCAUUGAUGAGGCCCAACGGAGUAAGCCCCACAAGCACAUCCGCCGACAGGACAUCACCACCAAAAUCACCUACUGUUCCGUGAUCAAUCCGGGGGGUUGGGCCCCGGCAGCCGCCUUGCGAACCGUCUACAAGCGAGAAUAUCCCCGGUUCCUCAAGAGAUUCACUUCCUACGUCAUCGAUAAAUGUUCGGAUAAGCCUAUUAUGUGGUGAGAUGAUGGGGGCACAGGAUGGAUGAUGGAGGCCCCUUGGUCGAUGGUUUUCGGUCUCCGUCUUCGAAUUCAUUUUUCUUUAAUUAAGCAGAGGAUCGACUGAUUGGCUAGCUGGCUAACUGGCUAACUGGCCUCCUUGGUUUCAUUUGGGAUGGGCACAUGGGCACCUGAGCAGACCUGAGCAGACCUGAGCAGACCUGAGCACAUGGGUGGAUGCUGAGUGAUAUCGCAAGAAGAGAAACAAAGCCGUCGUUGAUUAUUGGAUUGGAUGCACUUGGUGCGCCGCGUGUAUCUCUUUUAUUAUUGAUAUUUGAUCCUCCUUAUAGAUAUAUUCAUUUACAUACUA